AUGCAGCAUAACCUUAAGCCUCCGUCUUUGAUCGGUUUCCAUAAUAAUAAAAAUUAUUUUAAGAACAUUGCAUUUUCACAGGGAUGGUAUUGUCUGAGUAAGAAAAAGAUAUAUAAGCAUCAAUUCCUUGUUACUGACCCUCAAUUUCGUGCGCUAAUGAAUUCUAAUUUCGAUAAUUUCAUUCACGAAAAUCCCCAACUCGCUUCGAGGUUGGAAGGACGAAAUUCUUCGAACUAUUCGCGAAAUUCAUUUAUGUGUCAUCGUAUGGUAGUCCAAGACAAUUCUCCAGGUCUUUCGAUGAAAGAAGUCUCCAUGAUUGCAUCCGCGUUGUGGGACAGUAUGGAUUCCGCUACAAAAGGACGUUGUGAUACGGAGUCUAUAAAGAGAAAAUGCGAGAAGCGGAUAAGGAUUAGUAACAUUGGAGAUGGGAAUGUAAACGUCAUAGAGUCUGUCGAAGACGACGGGAACACAUGUUUCAUAAACAUGGUACCCAGGCGAAACGACUUGGAAGAAAUAGAACGGGCCCUAUGCAUCGAAAUCGAUGAAAUAUUAUCGAAGUCUUCAGCUUAA